AUGUUCUUCCAAGUCCAGAUGAAGAAGCAGGAUCAGCGAAGUCAGAUGAUCCUGUGGAACAAUGGGAAUCCAGACAACGAACCCGAAGUGUACGCUGUUACAGUCAUGACGUUCGGGGCGGCGUGCUCUCCAAGCUGUGCACACUACGUGAAGAACCGGAAUGCUGACAGAUUCGAGGAACAGUAUCCAAGAGCGGUCGAGUGCAUCAAGUACGAGCAUUACGUCGAUGAUAUGUUGGCGAGUGUUGAGACCGAGGGAGAAGCUGUGCAACUGGCCAGUGAUGUACAUUCGAUCCAUGCUCAAGGAGGCUUCGAGAUACGCAAUUGGCUAUCGAAUUCCAGUGUCGUCGUCGAGAGUCUGCACGAAAACUCUGCCACGGAGAAGAAUCUGAGUUUCUACGCGGAGAUGGCAACGGAGAAGGUACUUGGAAUGUGGUGGGACACCACGACCGACACAUUCACGUUCAAGCUGUCACCAAAGCACGAUGCGGAGCUGCUGUCAGGAGCCAGGAUGCCGACAAAACGUGAAGUUCUAAGGACGCUUAUGGCCAUCUAUGACCCAAUGGGACUUAUUGCCAAUUUUCUCAUCUACCUAAAGAUUCUACUGCAGGAAAUCUGGCGUUCCGAAUGCGGUUGGGAUGACGAGAUUGAUGGGAAGCUGGCGGAAAAGUGGAUGACAUGGAUUGAAGCGCUGCCGAAUGUCCGUUUGGUCAGUAUUCCCCGCUGUUACCGAAUCGAAACAUCAGCUGAACUGACAAACAACGUAGAGCUACACGUUUUCUGUGAUGCGAGCGAGAAUGGGAUGGCAGCCGUGGCGUACUUCAGGUUUGAAGAAGAAGGAAAAGUGGAAUGCGCUUUGAUUGGGUCAAAAACUCGCGUGGCUCCUCUAAAGUUCCUCUCAAUCCCUCGCCUCGAGCUUCAGGCUGCUGUUUUAGGAGCUCGCCUUGCAGAUUGCAUUGCCAAGUCCCACCGGAUGAAGAUCAGCCGCCGCGUCUUUUGGACCGAUUCCCGCGACGUAGUCUGUUGGCUGCGAUCUGAUCAUCGACGCUAUAGCCAAUUUGUAGCGUUCAGGGUCAGUGAGUUGCUUGACACUACACAAGCCAGCGAAUGGAGGUGGCUGCCAACCCAAAAGAACGUAGCGGAUGAAGGGACGAAGUGGCAAAGGCUGCCAGACUUUCAACCAAGCGGCCGUUGGUUUCGUGGUCCCAAUUUUGUGUGGCAGUCUGUUCAAUGGCCAGGAGAUAGCGGAGAUUUGGGAGCAACCAUGGAGGAGAUUCGACCCAGUAUUCUACAUCAUACAGUCGGAGUCGGCGAUAUACUGGUGGACUUCGAACGGUUUUCGAAAUGGAAACGUCUGCUGAGAUCGGUCGGAUACGUUCUUCGUUUUGUCAGUAACCUCCGGAAGCGGACCAUGAAGCUGACCUUGGAACUUGGGCCGCUAACACAGGAAGAACUGAAGCUGGCAGAGAACACCAUCUAUCGACUAGUUCAGCAGCAAGCAUUUCCGGACGAAAUUCAGUUGAUCCGCGACAGAUUUCCGCAGACGAAUCCAUGGGAGCGAAUCUUGCCGAGAAGUAGUCCGUUGUACAAGGUCAGCCCGAUCAUCGACGAACACGGCGUUCUACGAAUGCGAGGACGGAUCAAUGCCUGCGAAUGGGCAGAUGAAUCUGCCAAGAAUCCAAUUCUACUCCCGCGGCAAAACUACGUGACCAACUUGGUGAUUGCUGACUACCACGCGACAUGCCGACAUCAAAACCACCAAACAGCACUGAACCAGAUACGGCUGAAAUACAGCAUUCCUCGUCUUCGAACAGAAUUCGAUCGUGUUCGCAGAAACUGUCAACGUUGUAAAGUUCGCCGAGCAAGUCCGCAAAUGGGAAUAAGCCCCCGAUCGCUUUCGAUGACAGACCUACUGUUUUGA